AACUGUAAGUCGCUCUGGAUAAGAGUGUCUACAAAUGAUUCAAAUUAAAAUGUAAAUAUUGGAUUAAUUGGUCAAAAUGUUAGUCAAUAUUAACAAUUAUUACAAGCGAAAAAAUACACAGCAUACAUAUUCAAAAAUGCUAAAUCCCUGUUACGGUAGGCCUAACCCUGUUUUGUUUUUUGUUCCUCUAUGAUUCACACAGUUCCUCUAUGACAAGAAAAUUAACUUAAUCUUUCUUCCAUCCUCAAUGAUUAACUAAGCCCACUUACUGUAUAGCAGCCCAUAGCAUGAAAAACUGGAGUAAAAUAUUCAAGAGAGGAGACAUUGAGAGUGUGGAUGGGAACUUCUCUUCGAAGAGAAACUCCUCGAACAAUGCCCCAGCAGAGCUAACACCUCAGAGGACAUUUGAGGACGACCUUUCAGAUGAUGCAAACUCCACUGCCCACUCAUCCAUCACUCCUCCACAUGUACAUGGAGAGGGUGAUGGCGGGGACGAGGGGACCCUAAAGGACAGGUUGAAAACCCUCCUCCCCCAAUCAUGGGGCAGUAUUCUCCACAAAUUGGGGAAAGGUGAUGCAGACUCUGAUCUGGGUUCCACUGGGGUCAAGAUUGUGCCCAAUGGUACCAGGGUGAGUCCACCUGUCAGCCCCAUAAUGGAGAGGAGGUACUGGGACACUCAGGACUCACUGGGGACCUCCAGCAAGAGUUCCCGUAGGCCCUUGUUGAGGGACAGUCCCAUAGACAGUGACCUACUCCAUUAUCUUCCAGAGGAAUCAGAGCUGACCAGUAUCCAUCCAGCUGAGUACUAUGCUGAGAAGGUGGAGGUCUACAAACUAAAGUACUCCUAUAUGAAAUCCUGGCCUGGAUUAUUGAGACUCCUGGCUGGGUUUGAGCUUCUCUUUGGGGGUAUGGUCCUCGCCUGUGUCUGUGCCUACAUCUAUAAGGACAGUGAGUGGUCAAACGCCUAUGGACUGUAUAACAACAGGCAUGGCACGUCGGGGUACUCCUAUAACGGACCCAUGACUCCAUUCGUGAUGGCGGUGGUUGGGGUGGCGUGGAUUAUAACCAUCCUCCUACUGGUGAUAGGGCUGACCAUGUACUACCGUACCAUUCUCCUGGACUCCCCCUGGUGGCCUCUCACAGAAGGCAUCAUCAACGUCGCCCUGUUCCUCCUCUACAUGGCGGCUGGUAUCGUGUACCUGAAUGACCUCAACCGUGGGGGGUUGUGUUACAUGACCAUAGGCAUUAACCCCAUAAUGUCCAGCCUGUGUCGGGUUGACGGGGGACAGAUGGCUGGCACGGCUUUCAUCUUCAUCAACAUGCUGAUGUACCUCAUCAGCUUCCUGGUGUGUCUGAAGAUGUGGAGGCAUGAGGCCACUCGCAGGGAGAUGGAGUUCUUUGAGAACCAGGAGCAUCUGAGGCCCAUCUCAGGAGCAUCCGUGGCCCAGACCAAACCUCCUAAUCCCCAGACCAAGAGGAUUGUGUUUGAGGAUGAGAUGGACAGCUCAGUGAGGGCGACCAAACGCCAGCACCUCACAGAGUUCCAGCAGGAGGAGCCAGGCAGCCGGAACAGAGCCAACCCCACAGGGUACGCCCAGAAGCCCAGAGUCAUCACAGACUAUGUCAUUAAAUAUCCAGAAAUCUUCUCUAUGGAAGAAAGGGAAAAAUACAAAGCUGUUUUUAAUGACCAGUAUCAGGAGUACAAGGACCUUCACAAAGAUAUCAGUGCCACCUUCAUGAAGUUCAGAGAGCUGGAUGCCAUGAUGGGCAAACUCCUCAAAGAUGGCAAUCGUCAUGAGGAGCAGAAGAGAAUCAAGCGGAUUUUGAAGAAGUACGAGCAAAAAAAAUUUAACCCUGCCUUCCUGGAGAAGAAGGGACGAUGUGACUAUCUGAAAGCUAAAUUAAGCCACAUCAAGAACAGGAUCCGCAAUUUCGACCAGGGCACCUUGGCAAAGGGUCGGACCAUCAUGUAUGAGCCGCGGCACUAUGACAGCCCACCCAUCUAUAGCCCUCCCUACACUGCUACCUCCAAUGGAUUCUACACCCACAGAAGUGUGCACUCCCCAAGGAGCAACUUUGACCCCUACCCUCCUCCCCCUGACUCAUUCUAUAUGGAAGAUAGGCCUCAGCACUUCUACAAAUGGUUCUCUGCUCCUGGGCUUGUCAAAACCAUGGAGGGAGCCACAGUCAUCUUGUGUUUCCUCAUUUUUGCCUGUGUUGCCUCCACGUUGGUCUGGGAUAUGCACGGAGCAGGAAUAGGAAUGAGGGGCUAUGGAACUGGGUCAAUGGGGAUUGGCAGUGGCUACUAUGGAGGCAGCUACGGCUAUUCCAGCUCCUACAUGACCCCCUAUUCGGCCAAGUCGGCCAUGAUAUCCAUGGCAGCCAUUAACUUCCUGGUUUCUCUGGGCUUCCUUGUGGGGAGUUUUUCUCGGUCGCCUGCCAUGCGUGGUCGGAGGUUUUACCUGACAGUGCUAGUCUGUGACGUGGUCCUGGCAGUGCUGCAGGGCAUCAUUGACAUUGUGUUUGUGAUCGGUGUCAACCCCAUGUCACAGAGCUCUCAGAGCAUGCUCUAUAACCCCAUGCUGAUGAUGUGCCAGAACAUGCAGGGAAGCCCCAGUCUGAGUGGGAGUGUGGGAGCGGGGUUCCCUGGGGGUUUCCCUAUGUACAACCAGUAUCUCCAACACUACUGCUACAUGGACCCUGAGGAGGCUGUGGCGUUGGUGCUUGGGUUCUUAGUAGUGGUGGUGCUGUUUGUAGCUGCAUACUACGCCUACAAAACCCGCAGUAAGAUCUGGCGCCAUGGCAAACCCAACAUGAUCUGGGACCGACCUCUGCUCAGACCACCUGAACGAAAUGAUGUACAGGACUGGGUGGACUAUGUUGCAGAGGGGCAGAGCACUCAGCGGGCCCCUACUGUAAUCUUAUCAGAGAAGGCCGUCCCUGACCUCAGGACAGAGAACAGUGUUGCCUCAGACGGAGACGGAACAGUCAGCAUCUACAGUGAGGAGACCUACAAUGGCAAUGUUUACUAUGACAACACCAAUGGGCGUGUGCCUGAGCCCCUGUACCAGAACACCAGGGUCAGCUCCAGCCCCUCUGUGGAGGCAGAGAGCCUGAAGAAGACCUCCAUUCACAGGGAGAGGGAACGGGAUCCUACCCCCCCUUCCCAGGAGGAGACCCAGUGUGAGACAGGCUACACAACUGGUGGGGAUACUGGUAACGAACUGGACCAAGACCAAAGUGACCACUUGCAUAGUAUGUACCCUGAGAUAACAUCAGACAGGCAACGGCGGCAGUAUAAGAAAGAGUUUGACUCCGACCUGGCGAGCUACAAGCGUGUGUGUGCCGAGAUGGAUGACAUCAGUGAACAGAUGCACAAGCUGAGCCGAGAGCUGGACACCCUGGAGGAGCGGACGAUGAAGUACCAGGGAGUGGCUGAUGAAUAUAACCGUAUCAAGGACUUGAAGCGGACACCAGACUAUCAGGCCAAGAAGCAGCAGAGCAAAGAGUUGAGACAGAAACUAUUCCACAUCAAGCGCCUAGUGAAGAACUAUGACAAUAGCCUUUGUUGAAGCAGCCUGGGUCUGCUGUACCAUCCAUAACUACUCCACACAGCUGAAUAUAUGGUACCAGGCCAGCAGUUCUUGACAAAAGACACCAACACAUGCUCUUAUGGGAUAUUGUUUGAUGGUGAACAAUAGUAACUUUGACUGAUGCCGCUUCACACUGGUUCAAAAUGCAACAGUUGAAUGGUUCUUUCUCGGAAAAUGAUUUACACUAGGUAUAUUUAGAUUAUGAGGCUGAAACAACCACAUUGAACGUGUAUUUUAAGGAAAACCUUUGACUUUAGGUGAAUGUUUGUUGUAGGGCAUGAUUGAGUGAUUUUAGUGAUUCAUUCUGUUACAUUUUUAAUAUGUAUUCUUAUGCUUAAAAAGAGAAGUGAUAUUCCUAUGUAAUUUUUUUCUGUUUUCUUGUGGUUUUAUACAUUUUGUACAGAUCUGUUCUUGUCUCGUCUGCUCUGUGUAACAUUGCAAAAGUAUGUUUUCACUUAUUCCUAACUACAAAAAGUAUGCAUAAUUUUUUUGCACAUUAGUGUGCUGUCUAAUGUUCUAUCUUUAAUGUAUUUAAUGAAGAACAAUAAUAUACAAUUAUUGUAGAAUAUUCUGUCUUGCAAUGUGAUCAUGCAGUACAUUCAUUCCAGACAUUUCUUUAAAAUGUUUACAGUAGUUUUUCUUUUAAGAAAGCCCGAUGCAAUUCAACAGGCUUGUUGAUCAAUUAGUCUUCCCAUGGUUUAUACAUCGUUUUCAGACAUUAAUAAACUAUUUAAUGCUAUGUAUUACAUCUAUUAUUAAGGAUGUACUUUACAGUAGUAGUUUCUGAAUAAAAUAAUAUUGCCCACAUCUAACUGACAUUCUUAUGGAUGUAACUAAGGAAAGAAACAAGCCUCACACUCACCAUGUCAUUUUGGUAUUUUAAUAAUGCUUUCAUACACAUACAAUUCCAAAUCUAAAGAACUCAGCAACAACAGUAAAAGAUAGUAAAACAUGAAUAAUAGUACAUUUAUCUUUUGUAAAUAGUAUUGGUGAUAUGGUGUGUGAGUGAGUGAGUAAGGAUAUCCCACAUCUUUUGAAGGGCAUGAGGUAAUUCCUAGUCACCGCUAGGCUAUUGGACCGAUUCUCAGUCUCUCACAGGUAGUGUGAUGUUUUGGGAUCGUAGCCUCCAAGCGCAGUCCCAUUGCCAGACAGCCAUGACAAUAAACUCCCAUAUCACCUAAGUGUUGUACAGUUAGCUCCUGGGAUGCAUUGCUUUGUGAUGGGAACACAAUUGGCUCAGGAGUAGCCUCUUGUUUUGCACCAGAGUAGUGUCAUUUUCACCGCCAUGGAGACUCACGUCUUUUUAACACAUCUCAGGGGAUGGUAGAGGUAUUUUUACAUAAAAUAUAAAGGUUUUAAAAAAUAACCUGUGAACUCAACAUAACAUUUUUUUUUUUACUUUACUUUCCAAUCCCAUUUGGUAGAGAUGAAACACCGUUUAAAACUUUGAACAGAGCAAAAACAACAUUGUGACAUGCAGCAGGACAACAUGGCCUCUAAAAAUUAUACCAUCAACACCAUUUUUUAAGCCUUUGGUUCCCUACAUUUACAAUAUGUACACUUCUUAUAGCUUGUAAUGUAAAAUAGGUUUUGAUGUGAUUUCUUGGCCUUUUUAAAGUACCAACUGCAUUUGCUCUUUGUUUUCAGUAUGGUCAUAGGUGAACCAUUUGGCCAUAACCUUUUUGAUUACAUAUUGUUUCAACAAUCAGCCUGUCACUCAUAUCAGCUGCAUUCGUCAUCUGUUGUAGUUAAAAUAUCAGUCCAUAUUGAAAAAACAGUGUUGAUUUUGAAAGAAUAUGUCCAGAUGAAUGAUCUACUGUUACUGCAGUGUCCUAAUAAAAUAUUGAAUAUUGAAAAAGCAGUCAUUGAAAAGAAGGCGGUUUGUGGUGAACAACAAUGAGAGAGGUUGCCUUAAGAAUAAAUCAAUCAAUAGCA